AUGAACAGGCGUGUAUGGAUCCCAGACACCACCGAAGGGUUUUUGGCAGGAUGGAUCAAGAGCGAGUCAUCUUCAGCCACCGCUAGCUCAGAUGACACCGCUGAAGUCGUUGUUGCGGCGACCGGCGAGAUGCGGACUGUGCCGGUCCACACCCUCUCCCCAAUGAACCCGCCACAGUUUGAUGGUGUGGAGGACAUUGCCGAACUCACACACCUCAACGAAGCAAGUGUGGUGAAUGAUCUUCGCUUGCGUUACGGGGCCGGCAGUAUCUACCUGCUGACCACUAGCCUGUUCCUCAUCUCUCUCAACCCCUACCGUCCGCUUCCCAUUUACACCCCCAAGAUUAUCGCCCAGUAUCGCACAAAGAGGCGGGAAGAGAAUCCUCCACAUAUCUUCGCAAUUGCAGAACGCGCGUGGCAGCAGAUUGGGGAGGAGCGUGAGAGCCAAAGCAUUCUUAUUACUGGAGAAUCAGGCGCUGGAAAGACUGAGAACACGAAGAAGGUUAUCCAGUACCUCGCAGCGAUUGCAAGCUCCAAUGACUCCACCACGUCUUCAUCCUCGGCGCCUAUGUCCGGCUUACCCCGGUCGUCCAGCUUCAAGGGCAAGGAGGUGGCGGAUCUGGAGCUUGAAUCCUCUUCCAGUCGGCAGGGCGACCUGGGACUUCUCGAAAGGCAAAUUCUCCAGGCCAACCCCAUUCUUGAAGCAUUUGGCAACGCACAAACGAUGCGCAACAACAACUCCUCCCGUUUCGGAAAGUUCAUCCGCAUCUUCUUCUCUCCGUCGGGCGCGAUUGCCGGGGCAAACAUUGACUGGUAUCUGUUGGAGAAGAGCCGAGUGACAGCCCGUGCAGAAGGAGAGCGCAGCUUUCACGUCUUCUAUCAGCUUCUUAGAGGUGCUAAGCAUGCGGGGCUCAGCGAAAAGCUACUUCUUCAAGAUGAACCAGGCAAAUACAAUGUACUCUCGCAGUCGCUGCUGCAGAUUGACGGGGUGGACGACCUGGCUGAGUGGAAGCUCCUCAAGGACGCUCUCGACAUUGUUGGCUUCACCGCGGACGAGCAGUUUGAGAUGUUCCGUGUUGUCGCGGUGAUUCUCCACAUCGGUAACCUCAUCCUCACAGGAUCCUCCGCCGACCAGGCCUUCUUGCCCCCGGACCUUCAGCCUGUUGCUGAGCGAGUUUGCCACUUACUUGGCGUCCCCGUCAAGGAUUUUAUGCGAUCAGUCCUCACGCCCAAGGUUCGAGCAGGCCGCGAGUGGGUCACACACGCCCGAACCAAGAAACAAGCCGAAGACGAGCUGGCUGCCCUGUCUAAAUUCAUGUACGAGAAGACGUUCAGCGGGAUGGUCGAUCGCAUCAACAAGGCACUGGACCGCCCCAGCACCAAGUCCCUGUCCAUCGGCGUGCUUGACAUUGCUGGUUUUGAGAUCUUCAAGGUUAACAGCUACGAGCAGCUCCUCAUCAACUACACUAAUGAGAAGCUCCAGCAGUUUUUCAACUUCCACAUGUUCACGCUCGAGCAGGAGGAGUACUCCCGCGAGGGUAUCAAAUGGGACUAUGUAAACUUUGGUCUCGACCUCCAGCCGACCAUCGAGCUGAUCGAAAGCUCUCAGCCUAUCGGCAUCCUCUCAAUGCUUGAUGAGGAAUGCAUCAUGCCCAAGGCAACCGACGUGUCGUUUACCGAAAAGGUUGCCGCGCUGUGGGAGCUGUCCAAGGGCGCUAGCACCACUACUACGAAGAGCUCUCAUCUGGGCACUUCCAAAUUCCGCUCCCUCCGGUUUGGCAAGGGCUUUGUUGUCAAGCACUACGCCGGUGACGUCGAGUACAGCACCAAGGACUGGCUGCAGAAGAACAAGGACCCGAUCAACGACGCCGUUGCUCGUCUACUCUCACAAGCGGAUGUUGCGGCGAUCAAGUCUAUGUUUUCUGAGUACGCCGAAGACACGACCUCGAACGUCGGCGGCAAGCGCAUCCGCCGUGGUGCGUUCCGCACUCUCGCUCAGCUCAUGCAGCAACUUGCCAGUACGCAGCCACACUUUGUGCGUUGCAUUCCCGGCAAGGUCGACGUCAACAUUGUGCUUGACCAACUCCGGUGCAACGGCGUUAUUGAGGGUAUCCGCAUCGCCCGUUUGGGCUAUCCCAAUCGGCUUCCUUUCGCUGAGUUCCGCCAGCGCUAUGAGGUGCUCGUCCCAGGCGUCAUACCCCAGGGGUACAUGGACGGGCGCAAGGCUGCCGAGCUUAUCGCCAUUGCCCUCGAGCUUGACUCCGAGUUCUACGCCGCCGGCAUCCUCGCUGAGCUGGAGGAGCGCCGCGAUAACCUUCUGACGGAUAUAUUCCGGCGUUUCCAGGCCGCGGCACGCAUGCACAUCCACCGGCGACGCAUCAACAAGCUCAUCAACCGGGCACAGGCGCUGCGUGACUGGCCGUGGUGGUCACUUGACGAUGAGCUGGCCAAAAAGCGUGCAGAGCUCACCAUGGCAAAGGAGCGCGCUGAGCGCGACGAGGCCGAGAAGAUCCGUCUAGAGAAACUCCGCACUUCCCUCCUCGCCGAGAAGGAGCGGAAAGAACAGAUGCUGGCUCGCUCCAAGGCUCAUGAACUCGAGAUCGAGAUUGAGAAGAUCACCCUCGCACGAGACAACGCCAACACCGCCAACGAGAAGCAGGCUGCCGAACUCAACGACAAGAUAGAGCUUCUGGAAAAACUCAGCACCGAGCAGAAGGCGCGUGAGACGGACGAAAUCGAGGCGACCACCAAGAUUGAGAACGAAAAGAACGCCUUGGCCCGCCAGCUCGAGGACCUGCGCAGAGAGGUGACUAAACGCGACGACGCUACGCGUCGUGCAAAGGAGAAGCUCGAAAAGCUCCUCUCCGAGGAAAAGAAGAAGAGCGAGAGCCUAGUCACUCAGCGCCGCGAGGUUGAGCUCAGAGACGUCCAGGAGAUCGCAAAGCAGCUCCACUCGGCUGCCGUUAAAGCGCACCAGGCGAGCGAAGCCGCCAACACACGCCUGAAGUCCGAUAUUGACAAUCUUAAGGCUGACAAGCAGGCGGACAGUGCCGAGCGCACCAAGCUCCUCAAGUCGCUUGAUGAGCUACGCUCUGGAAUUAAGCUCCGCGAGGCCGAGAGGAGCCGUCAAGCCGAGAUCGCCGGCCUGCGCAGCGAGGCGAUACAGCACCAAAAAAGCCUCGAGGAGUACAAGCGCAGCACUCGCGAGGCUGCAAGUAAACUCAAGCUUGAGAAGGAGCUCAAGAGCACCGAAGUUGAGAAUCUUCAGAAGGAGACGCUGCGCGAGCUUGAAUUGGCACGCAGCACCCUCAAAUCGACGGAGAGGGAGCUGCGCUUGGCCCAGCUCAGGACAGAUGAGCUGGAUCGUGCGCUGCGCGAGAAGAACGACAAGUUCGCCGACCUCGAAGACGCUCUUCUUCCGCUUGAGCAGGAGCGCGACAUGCUACGCAGAAAACUCGAGGAGGUCGCCACGCAAUUGAGCAGCGAGAUCAGCACGCGCCAAGGCUACCAGCGCCAGGUUCACAGUCUUGAAGAGCAGGUCGCGGCGCACCGUAACGACCUGAACGAGCUGGAGCGGGAGCUUAACGAUGCUACCGGUAAGAUUGAUACGUUUAAGAGCGAGGUUUCCCUGUUGCGCAGCCGCGAGAACAAGACUAUUGUUGAGCAUGUUCAUGUUCUUGAGUCGGCCAAGAAGGUCACCGAUCGCCAACUCAAGGAGCAAGUCAACGAGAAUAAGCGUCUCAACCAGAUCCUCAAAUCCCUCGAGACCCACCGCAACCGUCUUCAGGCUGAUCUGGAGGACGCGCAGAUGGAAGUCGAGUCGCUGAAGAAGUCCAAGAGCAAGGCCAUCCGGCAGGCACGUGCCUCGCUUGGCAUGGAGGAUAAGGGCUCAGCCGUGCUACUCGAGGAGGAGCGCCGUGCCCGCGCUCAGGCGGAAGCGCGAGCUGUCGCUCUCGAACGCGACCUGGCCGACUCCAAGCGUCGAACUUCGGUGGCUGCGCUCAGCCCGAAACGCAUGGUGUCGGGCUCAAACGAAGUCAAACUUCAGCGGGCGCUCGACGAGAUCUCCCGCUUGCGGAAAGAGAACGCACAACUCAGCGAACUCCGACAGGGUAAGCGAGGAAGCCGUGACGAGCUGCUGCGCGGCCUGCAGCAAAGCUCAGAGGCUCUGGGGCGCGACAUGAACGACCAGCUGCGUCGACUCGACAAUGCCAACCACGAACAGGCCAUGUACAGCCACUUUCGUCUCAAAGCCAAGGCGCUGCGGUCGCAGCUCGACCACUGGCUCGCCAUGGAGGACCUGAACGCCAACAACAACCACGGUAAGCUCACGCCACACUCGACGGGCGGGAGCUCGAGCCUACCGUUCACAGAGGACGUUGUGCGCCUCAAGGAGCUACUGAGCCAGCUCGACCACGAGACGUCGCCCUUUACAUGGCGCUAG